AUGGUGACUUGGAUAAAUAUCGAAAUUAUAAAAAAACUAGCCUCAUCUAGAGGCUAAGACAGAAUGAUAUCCAUCAAUUGCAAAGAUAAAGAUAAAAUCUAAACUUAGAUCAAGUGGCAAAUUUUGAUUUUGGAAUAAUUGAAAUCAAAAAAGAGAAGGAAUUCUACCAAAAUUCUUAAUAUCACAGAGUUAAAUUAAGCUGAGUUAGAUGAAUUAAGGUUAAAUGUUCCAUUAAGCUUCGAAAAGUUUCAAUACAAACUCUAACUCAGGAAAUAUAUAUUUGAAGUUAAGAUUAAGAAAGAUAUUAUCAGACUCAAUUAAAAUGAUCAUAAUAUUCCUCCAAUUAGAAUCAGAGAUGUAUUGAUAACAAUUCCUAAAGAGCCCUCUCCUGAUCCGUUUUAUUGCUCAGUAUGCUACGAGGAAUUUAGUGAGAGAAAGUAGGGUAAGGAUCCAAGAAAACUAAGAAAAUUACAUGCUCAAAAUGUGCAAAAACAGUUUGUUAUCAAUGCUAAACAGAAUGGCACAAAGGAAUAUCAUGCAAAACCAACAAAGAAGAAAUCUAUCGCAAGUGGGGACUAUAAACAUAAGCUUAAAAAUGUCCUAAAUGCAAUACUUUUAUUGAAAAAAACCAUGGAUGUAAUCAUAUGA